AUGCUUCGUCGAUCAUUUAUCUUCCACAAAGUCAGUCGCGUAUGGCCUAAAGGAUCCACCAGUGCGGCGGUCUCACACUUUCCUGAGGGUCACUACCGCAGUCCUUCCAUGGUGGACCCCGCCGCGCUGCGCGGCUCCGACACCUCGGCAAAGGAGCAACGUGUUUGGAACCUCGCGGGGGAGGCCUGGGGGAGCAGCUGGCCGCGGUAUUUCACCCCGCCCGCGUUCCUCACCAACCGCUUCCACCAUUCAAUCAAUCGGAUCAAAGUUUACGCCAAUCUCAUUCGGUUUGACCGGCCGCAGGGCUGGAUGCUGCUGGUGUUGCCCUGCUAUUGGGGCUCCUCCUUGGCGGUCACGCAGGCGAUGGUGUGGGAGGGCGCGGACCCGCUGGUGCUCUUCGCCCCUUUCAUCCCAUUGCACACCGCAUUUUCCCUUUUGGCCGGGGCCUACCUCAUGCGGAGUGCGGGGUGCAUCGUGAAUGAUAUGUGGGAUCACGAGAUUGAUAAGAACGUCGCCCGCACGAAGGGACGGCCCCUCGCCAGCGGGGAGGCCUCCUUUAAGGAGGCUUUUUGCCUUAUCCUCGCGCACGUCGCCGUAGCGGGGGUGGUGGGGAUGAAUUUACCCCCUGCCGCGUUCGCUGUGGCCUUGGCGGCCACCCCGAUCGCGAUUAUUUAUCCCUUUAUGAAGCGCAUUACGUAUUUACCGCAGUUGGUGCUCGGAUUGUGUUUUAAUUUGGGAAUCUUUGUAGGCUACGCAGCGGUUCUGGGAAGGGUGGACGUGGCCGUGUGUUUGCCCGCUUAUAUCGGCGGGGUGAUCUGGACCGUUUUGUACGACACCAUAUAUGCUUACCAAGACCGCGAUGACGAUAUCAAAACGGGGGUGAAGAGUUUAGCGGUGUGGAUUGGUGAUCAGAAGUACAUCCUACAUGCGAUGCUGAUGCCCAUCGCGGCAUGCUUCCUGAUCUCAGGGUUUAUGGUCUCUCAGUCGUUACCCUACUAUAUCGGUGUGAUGAUCUGCAUGUACUAUUUACACGUCACCCUCGAUAACGUCAAUAUCUUUGAUAGGUGGUCCUGCGCGCAGUUUUUCAAACACAACGUCCGAUUUGCUUUGUACAUUUUUUUUGUGAUGUGCCUCGGCAACUUGCUCUGGGCUUUCGCCUCCGAGCACGAGAUGGAUAAAGACGACAAAACGAACACGCUCAAGGCGGAUUCGCCUCUAUCACGCUUUCUUUUCCUUGAGCAAAAGACGCAGCCACUCUUGUAUAAUGCCGAAAACUUUAAUUGGUUUGACCGUAUGAUACAUCCUGCGUUUGUUCAGGCGGAAAUCGCCAAGAGCUCGGGAUCGACUGAACCGCCGCCAAUUCCGGCGUGGAUGCGGCGUGAGCACAUUAGUGAUAAUAUGGCCAUUUUCAUGCGCUUUUGUGGUGUUUCCGAAGAGAAAAUAGCUGAAGUACAAAAAUGGUGGUACUCUAAUUUGGAUCAAUACAACAUGUUUUCAAAGCUGCAGAUUUAG